CGCUCCCGCGGCACAACACCGGAACCAAAACAAAGCCAUUUGACCCAAAAUGGCGGCUCCCUGUCGUGUGUCAUGCGGGACAGUUGCAGGCUGACAAAGUUAAAUAAUUAUUAAUCAGUUUAGAGUUUAAUCGCAGAGAGAUGGGCCUGUGAAGUCACGUCAUGUUGGUGUCCAGCAGAGGUCCGGUCCGGUCUCUGCUCUCUCUCAGCCGGAGACUGAGCACCAGCCAGCCCGGCUCCCCCGAUGCAAGCCGCCACCCUUCACCCGAAACCCACGCUCCUCUCCCGGACAGCGAUGUGAAGCAGCAGGGGAGAGGAACCAGAAAAGACCCCAGCGACUGCUCCGUCCUCCUGUUUCCCGGCCAGGGCAGCCAGUUCGUGGGGAUGGGUAGAGGACUUUUGAAGUACCCCAACGUUAAAGAGAUGUUCGCGGUCGCUCACAAGAUCCUCGGGUACGACCUCCUGUCUCUGUGCCUGCAGGGACCCGAGGAGGAGCUGAGGAAGACGGUGCACUGUCAGCCGGCGGUGUUCGUCACCUCGCUGGCUGCGGUGGAGAGGCUGAACCAGGAAAACCCCAAGGCCAUUGAGACGUGUGUUGCUGCUGCAGGUUUCAGCGUUGGAGAGUUUGCUGCCCUGGUUUUUUCUGGUGCCAUGAGCUACGCAGAAGCUCUGUUUGCGGUGAAGGUACGAGCAGAGGCCAUGCAGAAAGCGUCAGAGCUGGUUCCUAGUGGGAUGCUGUCGGUCAUCGGUAGACCGCAGGCCCAGUAUAAACACGCAUGUGUGCAGGCUAAAGAGUACUGCAAGAGCCAGGGCAUCGAGGAGCCGGUCUGCUCUGUGGCCAGUUAUCUGUUCCCUGACGGCAGGGUCAUUGCAGGGCACCGAAAGGCUCUGGAUUUCCUCCAGCAGAACUCGAGGCAUCUCCAUUUCAUCAGGGCCACACCUCUCCCGGUCAGCGGCGCUUUCCACACUGAGCUGAUGGAGUCGGCUACUGAACCCCUCAGAGAGGUGCUCAGACAGGUGGAGGUCCGUCGUCCCGAGAUCAACGUGUACUCCAAUGUGGACGGCAAGCGCUACAUGAACGAGAGCCACGUGCGCAGGCAGCUGGUGAAGCAGCUGGUGUCGCCCGUGAAGUGGGAGCAAGCUCUCCACGAGAUCUACGAGAGGACGCAGGGCAAGAAGUUCCCUCACACCUACGAGGUCGGCCCGGGGAAGCAGCUCGGAUCCAUGCUUCAAAAGUGUAACAGGAAGGCCUUCACAAAUUAUGCUCACGUGGAAGUCACCACUUCCGAAGACUGACGACGUGGACGCGACCAGGAAACCUGUUUAAACCUGCAAGCUCCUGUGGUUGCUUCUCAUGGUCUUUGUUUGUGUAUUAUUAUGUAAUUAAAUAAAUGUUUUUUAAUGAA